ACUCCCCAUCCUCCUACCAUCCUCUAAAGAGGCAAAGGGAUUUUUUUUUCUUUUGGUCUUCUUUUUUCCCCCCUUCCCUGUUUAUCCUGAAAAGGAUUUGAAGACAGCUUGAAGGAUAAAAAGCCUUGGUGCUUCCCAGGAGCCGAGCCGAGGAGCAGAAGAGGAAGAGCCGGGGGCUGCCGUUGCCUUUGGAGAUGGACGAGCAGCCCAGGCUGAUGCAUUCCCAUGCUGGGGUCGGGAUGGCCGGACACCCCGGCCUGUCCCAGCACUUGCAGGAUGGGGCCGCAGGGACCGAGGGGGAGGGCGGGAGGAAGCAGGACAUUGGAGACAUUUUACAGCAAAUUAUGACCAUCACAGACCAGAGUUUGGAUGAGGCGCAGGCCAGAAAACAUGCUUUAAACUGCCACAGAAUGAAGCCUGCCUUGUUUAAUGUGUUGUGUGAAAUCAAAGAAAAAACAGUUUUGAGUAUCCGGGGCGCCCAGGAAGAGGAGCCAACAGACCCCCAGCUGAUGCGACUGGACAACAUGCUGUUAGCGGAAGGGGUGGCGGGGCCUGAGAAGGGCGGUGGCUCGGCUGCAGCGGCGGCGGCAGCGGCAGCUUCUGGAGGGGCGGGUUCAGACAACUCAGUGGAGCAUUCCGAUUACAGAGCCAAACUCUCACAGAUCAGACAAAUCUACCACACGGAACUGGAGAAAUACGAGCAGGCAUGCAACGAGUUCACCACCCACGUGAUGAAUCUCCUGCGAGAGCAAAGCCGGACCAGGCCCAUCUCCCCGAAGGAGAUCGAGCGGAUGGUCAGUAUCAUCCACCGCAAGUUCAGCUCCAUCCAGAUGCAGCUCAAGCAGAGCACGUGUGAGGCCGUCAUGAUCCUGCGUUCCCGGUUUCUGGAUGCGCGGCGGAAGAGACGGAAUUUCAACAAGCAAGCAACGGAAAUCCUGAAUGAAUAUUUCUAUUCCCAUCUCAGCAACCCUUACCCCAGUGAGGAAGCCAAAGAGGAGUUAGCCAAGAAGUGUGGCAUCACAGUGUCCCAGGUAUCAAACUGGUUUGGAAAUAAGCGAAUCCGGUACAAGAAGAACAUAGGUAAAUUUCAAGAGGAAGCCAAUAUUUAUGCUGCCAAAACGGCUGUCACUGCUACCAAUGUGUCAGCUCAUGGAAGCCAAGCUAACUCACCCUCAACUCCCAACUCAGCUGGUUCUUCCAGUUCUUUUAACAUGUCAAACUCUGGAGAUUUGUUCAUGAGCGUGCAGUCACUCAAUGGGGAUUCUUACCAAGGGGCCCAGGUUGGAGCCAACGUGCAAUCACAGGUGGAUACCCUUCGCCAUGUUAUCAGCCAGACAGGAGGAUACAGUGACGGACUCGCAGCCAGUCAGAUGUACAGUCCGCAGGGCAUCAGUGCUAAUGGAGGUUGGCAGGAUGCUACUACCCCUUCAUCAGUGACCUCCCCUACAGAAGGCCCUGGCAGUGUUCACUCUGAUACCUCCAACUGAUCUCCCAGCAAUCGCAUCCCGGCUGACCCUGUGCCCCAGUCAGGGCAGGGCCAGGAGGGAGGGUUUCUCUCCCAACGCUGAAUCGGUCAGACUGGAGGUCGAAGCAAUCAGCAAACACAAUAAGAGUCUCCUUCUCUUCUCUUCCUUGGGAUGCUAUUUCAGCCAAUCUGGACACUUCUUUAUACUCUCUUCCCUUUUUUUUCUGGGUAGAAGCCACCCUUCCCUGCCUCCAGCUGUCAGCCUGGUGUCCGUCAUCUUCCCUGCCCCUUUCCCUCUGUCCUAGACUCCCUGGGUCCCUGCCCUCUAUCACAUCGCUGAAGCAUAUUUUCAACAAUUAGAGGAAUUUAAAGGGGGAAAAAUAUACAAAGAAAAUAAUAAAAGUGUUUGUAUGUUUUCAUGCUGGUGGUUUGAGGAGCCAAAUUUACCUCACUUGGAUCCCUCGCUCCCUUUGGUAACAGGCAAUCCUUCUCUGUUUCUCUUGUUACUCUCACUACCUCUUAGCAGGAAUACGCCACAUUGCCCUACUCAUUCCAGGCCUCCCUGUCUCCUCUUGCUCUGCCUUCCCUGGGGACAAUCCUGAUUAGAACACUUUCCUGCUCUUCCUUCCCAGCCCCAGGUAUUCAUUGGGGACGGCCAUAGCUGGGCUUCUAAAGGUGCCACAUUCUCUGGUUUCAGCUCCGCUAGGUUGAUUCCCAGGCAGGAAGUCAGGGAGCAGGAGAGGGCACAAGGAACAAGAAGGGCAGCAUUCUUAGAGGCUUUCUCAUCUUCCUAUAAUAGCUCUUGGUUUCAGAGGCACAGUCUUUGGAGACCAUGAGACACUUAGUAAGCAAUGUUCAGAACCUACUGCAAAACCGGGUCUGAGUUAGGCAUGGUGAUGAACGCAUCACUAAGGAGUAGAAGGUUUUUAUCCUGAAACCCUUCAACUACCCCUUCACACACACACACACACACACACACACACACACACUUGCACAUGUAGGCAAUGCAUAGUCUCACACAUUCACUUUCUCAAGGUCAGUCACAUACCAUAUACAAAUACCCACAUUAGUACCCAUAGCAUUAUGCCUCAUGAGCCCAAGAGAGGGAAUUAGCAACUCUGAGUGAAGGUCACUGACACAGAGAAACAAUAUGUGCCUGGUGCUUCCAGGACCUGCAGGCCCACCAGCAUGCAUGCCCGACAACAACAUACACAGGACUGAAUCAUGAUGAAGGCCAGGUUUGCAGUGUAAAUUAUUCCUGUUCCUACCACCUCCGGAGCUCUCAGGGAGCCACUCACAGAACUUACAAUGUCUAUAAUGGAUUUGGUUCUGUUUUGUUUUUGUGUUUAUAUUAGGGACAUUGCAUUAGUUAUCCAAAGUGUUAUAUGGCGCCACAUUCUUGUUCUAGAGGAGAGAGUUGUAUAAGAACAUGGCUCAAGCGAACUUUUUGCUAGCUUAAUUUGAAGACCCAAGAGUGAUGGGGAAAGGGGAGGUAAUGUUUUUAGUGAAAUCAUCAUAGUGACUUUUAUUUCCUAGGAAUAUCUAAGAAAGAAGAGUAUAUACUAGAAAGCUAUUCUCUAAUGUCACCUGAGCUUACAUUAUUCAUAGCAAACUGCGCCAGCAAUAAAGAUGGCAGCUCUGUCACUUGAUUAGGUGGAAGGUGGUCAAAUCUCCUGGUGCUCCAUUUUCUUUAUCUGUAAAAUGGGGGUUGUUAUGCCUGGCUCAUAUCCAAUCUGUAAAUGUGAAGUCAGGGGAAGUAGCGUCCCUGAGAUAAACUGGUUCUCGCCAUGAAGGAACAAUAAAUGGUUUUCCUGUUUUAACUUCUGGUCGCCAUCAGUACUGUGAUGUCAUCACCAUGAUGACAAAGAGAAGGGGUAUUGUUGUUGCUUUUCUUUGGUUUCUUUUGGUCUGUUUGGUUUCUUAGAAUAGAGAUAUGCUUCCAAACUAGAAAAAUAGGACUUGGUUCUCUUAGUUUGUAUUUGAAUCCAAUAUGUGGCCUUGUAAGUACUUAGUCCCCUGUCAUAUCUACUCUGCUUGAGAGGCCUCUGGGAGGGGUAUAAGACCUUGAGGGGUGAGGAUGGCCAGCUAACAAGGUCAUGGAAAUUCUGCAUGGCACUACAGUAAUGAAUAGAAAAUGCUCCCGUGUGUGUGUUGGGUGGGUGGGUGGGAUACCUAAGAAACUGGAGGGUAUGUGUAUUUGAAGGAAAUGCAAAAAGUAAAUAUUUGGCCUUGAAGACUAAGAGCAGUAGAAAGACUGUGUCUACUAACCUGUGCCAUAAUCAGAACAGGGCUUGAUAUAGAGAAUUCCUAGAAGGAGCUAUUUUGUGGUAACUCAGUAAUGAUUAGAACCAGUGCAGAACUUUGUCUUAGUGGCAGGGAUAUAUUGAAACUACCCACACAGGAAUAUGGUUGGAUCACAUCCACCUGACUGGGCAAAGUACAAAAGAGACGCAAAAGGGUUCUCUUGGAAACAAGGAAGAAUGAUUCCAGAUUUGGGUUGAAAGAUUGCCACUUUAAGUUAAUGAAAAAGAUCAGAGCAGUGCUACAUUUGCACAGGCAGCUUCUCUCCCUGCAGUGGUUUGCACUGAUUAUCACCUCUCACAGCAUCUUCCCCACCCAGCACUUCACUUCGUCCUCGUUGUAUCCAAUACCUCUCCCACGAUCUCCCCUCCAUGCCCACGAUCACAUCCAAUAUGGCGGCCACAAGAUCUCUCCACAUUAAGCAAAGCAUGAGAACACUGGCAGCAGAAGGAUGAGGAUGGAAAGAGUGUGCCUCUGGAAAUACAGCUCCCUGGGAAUUCGUAUUAGGUCAAUCCUAGAGACACCAAAAUGUGCCCAGGGCUCCUUCAUUUUCUAAUGGAAGUGGGAGCACUCCAUUUUCCCUGGCAGCAAAUUUCCUCUGAGAAAUGAUACUAGCCCUUGGGUUUGCCCACCUUGUAACUCUUUGUCAUAUCCUCUUUUUCAUCUCUAACUCCUCCCCCUGGCAUGGAAUUGACUCCCAUGCAGUACUUUUGCCAAGUGGCACCUUCUUUACAUUUAUUUUUUAUUUUGCUGUGGUGGUGGUUCUUUAUUUGCUGGUUGCCUUUUCUCACACAUAUCUUUCCCCCCUCUUUCCUUCUGAGUUUGAUUUUUCUGCCCAGAAAAACCUGACUUCGAUACCAAAAAAGAUAAAACUACAGAAACUCAAAUUUAAAAAAAACUUAAAAAAAUAACAAAAAAAUACUCAACGAUUCUUUCAGCUUUAUUAACAUUUUCCAUUGUUUCUUGCGACUUGUGUCUCGUUCUUUGUAGUAUUGAUGAUGAACAUUUGAUAAUGAAUGUUCUUGUAUAUUCAGAUAAAGAAAAAAAAAACCAAAAAAGCGGUCUGAAUUUAAUAGUGUUUAUAAUAAAAAUUUUAAAAAUGACCCUCAUAGCACGCAAAACAGGAUGGGGAAUUUCCCCUCUUCUUUCUGUGACAAUGCGCAUCAUUCCCACAUUAGUUUUUAACACCAAACUACCUACAUUCAUCAUUUCCCCCAUUUUUCUUUUAUUUUCUUGCAUUUGUGAAUUAGUUCAAGAAUGCUAGAAAAGUGUCGUUGUGCACAUCCAUUUCCUGUUUCACAAUGUUUAAAAGUGACAGUAAUUCAUUUUGUAAACUAAACAAAAAAGGUUGGAAUAGUAAGCAUAAUAGGUACAACCUAACACGUUAUUAUGUUUAUUAACUUUGAGACCCAGAAAUAAAUUCUUUUCUUUUCUUUAUUCCUGCUCUUUAAAAUAUAAAAAAAAAAUUAUGUUUUGUUUUGUGUUAUUUUUGGUUUGUUUAUUGGGGGGGCUUUUUUUAAUUGUCAGGAUUAUGAUAUUGCUGUUUUUAUUCCUUAAAUAUGUAUACGAGGUGAUGUGAAAAGAUGACAUUUGUAGAGUAGGCUGCUUCCUCGUACUUCUCCUUUGCUUCACAAUUCAGUUGACUUCAAGAACAAAGAUAAAGCCCAUGUUGAUAUCACAUUGCUCGCCUGCAUUUCCAGAGUGUGUGGCAUUCCUGUAGUCCCUGAGAAAAACAAAGUCAGGGACUUGGGUUCUCCUUUUGGCCCGUUAAAAACUCAAGGAAUAGGUCCAGGGGACCUUUUAUCUUGUAGGGAAAGGUUUUUAUUUCUGUUGAUUGUGAAUAUCACCACAAAAUGCUUUCUUUUCUUUCUUCUUGAUUAAUAACAACAUUCCACGAAGCCUCUUUCAACUAGAGAAGAUUUUUCUUCCAGAAGAAUCCCACAGGAGAUAGUGGUGUGAUGGGUACCAUUGGCUAAGUAGACUAGAUCCAGGAAGCCAUCCCUGUGGCCUGUCGGCCCGCUGAUCCUUUCGGUUCUGAUUUUGGAAGAAGAGUUGGUGAGAAAUUGAGCCAGAUUCAAUGCUGUCGUUAUAGUGCUGAGAGGUUAAGAUUGAUUUCACUGACAG